AUGAGUCAUCAACAAGUCCUCCGUCCUCUCUCUGUCAAGCAGAACAAAACCGAGGUGUCGAUCCUCGUCCCUGCCGAUAUCUGGGUCUCGGCUGAACAACUCAAAGAAGAGUUUCCUAUCAAUGCAGAAGAAGAAAUUGAAGAAAUCACAGAGAUCGAGCUUGCCGCUCGCUUCAUGCGCUUUGUCGCUUCGAGGGCUUCCAAGGAGCCUCAGUUCUUACCCGUCGCACGGACGGCCUUUUUGGAUUUCCGUAGCCAAUACCUCAAGAACAACGACGUGCAUGCCAUCACUCGCCACUUGUCACCCGAGUCUCGAAGUGUCGUCAUCCAGGCCUACUUUACCGCCUUGGUGCUCCUCAAGAACGACACCGUCAAGACUCCCGAGAGCGCGCUCUUUGCCGCUGCCGCUCGCGGCGACACCAAGAUCUUUGCUGCCUUUGGUGGUCAAGGCAACAUUGAAGAAUAUUUCGACGAACUCGCUGAUAUUUGGACAACAUACCAAGGCUUGGUGCGCUCCUUUGUCGAGCGCAUGGCCGUCGUCUUGGCCGAACAUGCACGCAGCUCCGAGGCCAGCGUCUUUCACUCCAAGGGUUUGGAUGUCGUCCGCUGGUUGGAGAACCCAGAACUGCGUCCUGAUCUUGAAUACCUCGUAUCCGCCCCCGUCAGUUUCCCGCUGAUUGGCUUGACCCAACUCCUUCACUACUAUGUCAUGCUCAAGGUACUCGAUCGUUCGCCCGCAGAUAUCAGACAACUCUUGGCCGGUUCAACGGGUCACAGCCAAGGUAUCAUAUCGUCUGCAGUCAUCUCUUCGUCCUCGACUGAAGAAGACUUUAUCCGCAAUGCCGAAAAGGCAUUCGGUCUGCUUUUCUGGAUCGGCACGCGUGCCCAGCAAGUAUUCCCUCCGACCACCUUGAACCCAACCAUUUUGGAAGAUUCACUAUCCAACAACGAGGGCAACCCCACCCCGAUGCUGGCCAUCACCGGCCUGCGCGAGGAGCAGGUCCUGAAGCACCUCGAUGCAACCAACGCUCACUUGGCACCCGACCGUCAGAUCAAGGUUACCUUGUUUAACGGUCCUCGCUCUUUUGUUUGCACUGGUCCUCCUCAGUCACUCUAUGGUCUCAACCUUAGUCUGCGCAAGCUCAAAGCCCCGACAGGCCUGGAACAAUCCCGAGUGCCAUUCUCGCAGCGCAAGCUCAAGUUCUCCUCCCGCUUCUUGCCCAUCACUGCACCUUUCCACAGCAACUAUCUCGAUGAAGCCACCGGUAUUUUGAAGGAGGAUAUUAAGCGCGGCAACCUUGGAUUUGAUGCAAAGGACUUGGAGAUUCCUGUCUUUGCUACUGAUUCCGGUAACGACUUGCGAUCAUCGAACGAUUUGACGCUUGACUUGGUGUCGCUUAUCUGCUCGCGCCCUGUGCAUUGGGAAAAGGCCAUUGCCCUGAAUGAUCUUACCCAUAUCGUCGAUUUCGGUCCUGGCGGUGCUUCGGGCAUUGGUGGCUUGACCCACCGCAACAAGGAAGGAACUGGUGUGCAAAUCCUCUUGGCCGGUGCGCUUGAAGGCGGCAACCGCGAUCUGUCUUACAAGGCUGAUUUGUUCGACUCCGAUCUUCGUGCUGUCACAUACUCGCAGGACUGGGCAAAGGCCUUCCAGCCUAAGCUUGUCAAGACGACGAGCAACGGCCGUAUCCACGUCGAUACCCGCAUGUCCCGUUUGUUGGGUAAGCCCCCAAUGAUGGUUGCUGGUAUGACGCCAUCCACCGUCAGUGAACACUUUGUCUCAGCCGUCAUGAACGCUGGUUACCAUGUCGAGCUUGCUGGUGGUGGUCACUACAACGAAAAGAUGCUCCGCGCCAAGGUAGACAAGAUCAUGGAAAUGACUCGCCCCGGUGAAGGCAUCACCCUCAACAUUCUCUUCUUGAAUGUCCGCCAAUGGGGCUUCCAAUACCCAUUGAUCCAAGUGAUGCGCAAGGAAGGCUUGCCUAUGGAAGGUGUUUGCGUUGCCGCCGGUGUUCCUUCGUUGGACGUUGCCAAUGAAGUUAUCGCCAACCUUCAGGAAUCAGGCAUUCGCCAUAUCGCAUUCAAGCCAGGCAGCAUCGAUACGAUUCGUCAGGUCGUUUCCAUUGCUGCUGCAAACCCUACCAUGCCCAUCAUCAUGGAAUGGACUGGUGGCCGUGCCGGUGGCCAUCACAGCUUUGAAGAUUUCCAUCAGCCUAUUCUGGAAACCUAUGCUUCGAUCCGUCGUCAGCCCAACAUUGUGCUUUUGGCCGGCUCUGGUUUCGGUGGCGCCGAUGAUACCUUGCCCUACUUGACUGGUGAUUGGGCAUUGAAGUUUGACUAUCCUCCCAUGCCUUUCGAUGGUAUCCUGUUUGGUUCGCGCAUGAUGGUUUCCAAGGAAGGUCUUGCUUCGCCUGCCGUCAAGCAAGCCAUGGUCGAUGCUCCUGGUGUGGGUGAUGAAAGCUGGGAAAAGACCUACAAGGGUCCUGCUGGUGGUGUUAUCACUGUCCGCUCUGAAUUGGGUGAGCCUAUCCACAAGAUUGCUACCCGCGGUGUACGUCUCUGGAAGGAACUUGACGAAAGCAUUUUCCAAUUGCCCAAGGAGAAGCGUAUCGCUGCCUUGCUUGGCAAGAAGGAUUACAUUAUUAAGCGCUUGAACGCCGAUUUCCAAAAAGUGUGGUUUGGCAAGAAGAAGAAUGGUGACGUGGUCGAUUUGCAAGAAAUGACCUACACCGAAGUCAUCUAUCGCAUGAUCGAAUUGCUUUACAUCAAGCACGAGCAACGCUGGAUCGACUAUACUCACCGCAACCUUGUUGGUGACUUUAUGCGCCGUAUUGAAGAACGUUUCUCACAAAAGGAGGCUACCUCGCUGUUGCAGAGCUUCAGUCAAAUCGAGAACCCCAACGACUUUGUCGCCGAAUUCUUGGAGCAAUUCCCUGAAGCCGACAGUCAAUUGUUGACCUCCGAGGAUGUCUUGCACUUUGUUACCUUGUGCCAGCGUCGUGGCCAGAAGCCCGUGCCAUUCAUCCCUGUGAUGGACAAGGACUUUGAAGUGUGGUUCAAGAAGGAUUCGUUGUGGCAAUCGGAAGACUUGGCUGCUGUCGUUGAUCAGGAUGUCCAACGUACUUGUAUCUUGCACGGCCCUGUCGCUGCCAAGUACGCCACCCGUGUCGACCAGCCUGUUGGCGAAAUCCUUGGUGACAUUUACGCCAGUCAUAUCAGCAGCUUGAAGGAACGCUACUAUGGUAAUGACGACAAGACCAUUCCACAGAUCGAGUACCUUGGUGGUGCUGCCAUCGAGACCAAGACCGUUGCUGCUCCCACCAAGUCGUCUGACAAGGAAGUCGUUUAUGAGACUAGUACCUCGAACAUCCCUGAAGAGGAUACCUGGUUCCAGACCAUCUCUGGUCCUCAGUACAACUGGCUGCGCGCUCUGUUGACCUCGCAGUUCAUCGUCCAGGACAAGAAGUUCGUUGACAACCCGCUCAAACAAUUGUUCCGUCCUCGUCCUGGCCAGCAGGUCGUUAUCACUAACGGUACCGAUGGUCGUCCUGUCGCUGUCAAGGUUCAAGACAAGCGCUUGUGGAGCGCCACGGGCAAGACUCAGGACUAUGUCGUUUCGGUCGACGUCGCACUUUCUGGUAGCAUCAUCAACGUCACUUUGUUCGAAAAGUGCGGUGAUGCUUUUGUGCCUUUGAACUUGCAAUAUGAGUACAAGCCUGAACUCGGCUAUGCUCCCAUCCACGAAGUGAUGCAGGGUCGCAAUGAUCGUAUCAAGGACUUUUACUACAAGUUGUGGUUUGGUUUGGACAACAAGGAUGACUUCCUGAACGUUUCUGUCACUGAGAAGCUCAUUGGUACUGGUGAAACGGUCCAGGCCGCUGAAAUCAAGGAGUUCUGCCAGGCUGUUGGCAAUCAAGCCGAAAUUUACGUCGAUCGCGGUCAAAAGAUCGUUAAUGCACCCAUGGACUUUGCCAUUGUUGUCGGCUGGAAGGCCAUUAUCAAGGCCAUUUUCCCUAAGGUCAUUGACGGUGACUUGUUGAAGCUCGUUCACUUGUCGAACGGUUUCCGCGUGCUUGAGGGUGGUGACUUGCUCUCUGUCGGCGACGUUGUUGAUACGUAUGCUCAAAUCAAUGCCAUUGUCAACACCGACUCUGGCAAGAUGAUUGAAGUCAAGGGUGUUAUUGUCCGCGACAACAAGCCCGUCCUAGAAGUGAUCAGCCAGUUCUUGUACCGUGGCCAGUUUGAUGAUUACGAAUACACUUUCCAACGUACAGUCGAGACCCCCAUGCAGGUCAAGUUGAACGACGUCAAGGAUAUUGCGGUCUUGAAGUCCAAGGAAUGGGUUGAGUGGACCGAAGAGUUGGACAACCACGAGCUUUCUCCCGGUAGCACCUUGAUCUUCCGUUUGAACACUGAAGUCAAGUACAAGAACAAGAAGGUGUUUGCCAGCGUCAAGACCGAGGGUACGAUUUCGAUGCAGAUAUCGACCAAGGAAUUUGUUCAAGUUGGCAAGGUUGAAUAUGUCGCUGGUGAGUCGCACGGUAACCCUGUUGUCGAGUAUCUCAAGCGCCAUGGCCAGGAGAUCGAACAGGCCCAUUUCUUCGAGAACGGUGGCUACUCGGUCAUGCCUGCCCAGUCCACCUACUCGUCGGUUGUGCACGCUCCUGCUUCCAACGAGCCCUAUGCCAAGAUCUCGGGCGAUUUCAACCCCAUCCACGUCAACCCUUACUUUGCUGACCUGGCCAACUUGCCUGGCACCAUCACCCACGGCAUGUGGACCAGCGCCUCGACCCGCAAGUUUGUCGAGAUCUUUGCUGCUGACAACGUUCCUCAACGUGUCGUUGCCUACGACGUCAAAUUCAUGGGUAUGGUCCUGCCUUCGGAUCGUUUGGAGACCAAGCUUUCACACACUGGUAUGAAGAACGGCCGCAAGAUCAUCAAGGUCGAGACUAUCAACCAGAAUGGCGAAAAGAUUGUUGAGGGUACUGCCGAAGUUGAGCAGCCUGUCACCGCCUAUGUGUUCACUGGUCAGGGCUCGCAGGAACAAGGUAUGGGUAUGGCCUUGUACGCCAGCUCGCCUGUUGCCAAGGAGAUCUGGGACCGUGCCGACGAGCAUUUCAUGAAGAACUAUGGCUUCUCCAUCAUCGAGAUCGUCCGUGACAAUCCCAAGGAAAAGACCGUCCACUUUGGUGGUCCUCGUGGUAAUGCCAUUCGUCAGAACUACAUGAGCAUGACCUACGAUGUUGUCGAGUCCGAUGGCUCCAUCAAGACGUUGCCUCUCUUCCCCAACAUCCAUGAGCGCACCUCGUUCUACACUUUCCGCUCGCCCAACGGUUUGUUGUCGGCUACCCAGUUCACUCAGCCUGCUUUGACCUUGAUGGAGAAGGCUGCCUUUGAGGACAUGCGUGCCAAGGAAUUGAUCCAAUCCAACUGUGCUUUCGCUGGUCACUCGCUCGGUGAAUACUCUGCCUUGGCCUCUGUUGGCGAUGUCCUGCCCAUUGAAUCGCUUGUCGACGUUGUGUUCUAUCGUGGUAUGACCAUGCAAUCCGCUGUCCAGCGUGAUGCCGAAGGCCGUUCCAACUAUGGUAUGGCUGCCGUCAACCCUGCUCGUGUCUCCAAGACUUUCAACGACACUGCCUUGCGGUAUGUUGUUGACUCUAUUGCCCGCCAGAGCAACGAUGUGCUUGAAAUUGUCAACUUCAACGUCGAGAACUGGCAAUACGUUGCUGCCGGUUCGUUGCCCAAUUUGGAUGUCUUGACCAACGUUUUGAACUACAUCAAGAAGGCCGAAAUUGAUUUGCAAAAGCUGAUGAACACCAUGCCGCUUGAAGAUGUCAAGAAGCACUUGUCCGAAAUGAUCGGUGGUGCUCUCGAGAAGACCAAGGAGAAGCAGGCCAAGCAGGGCCGUGUCAAGCUUGAACGUGGUUACGCCACCGUGCCUUUGCCUGGUAUCGAUGUGCCCUUCCACUCGUCGUUCUUGCUCAGCGGUGUCGCUCCUUUCCGUACCUACUUGGCCAAGAAGAUCAACCCUACUUACAUCAACGUUGCACAGCUCGGUGCCAAGUACAUUCCCAACUUGACUGCCCAGCCUUUCAGCACUGAAAAGAGCUACAUCGAGAACGUCUACAGCUUGACCUCCAGCCCUCGUCUCGGUAAGGUCUUGAAGAACUGGUCGGACGACAAGUACGCCACGCCUGCUCAACAGCAGCGUCUUGGUUACAUCCUGUUGGUCGAAUUGCUCGCUUACCAGUUUGCCUCGCCUGUGCGCUGGAUUGAGACCCAGGAUCAGCUGUUCAAGCACUUCCAGGUCGAGCGUCUUAUCGAAUUGGGUCCUUCGCCUACUCUGUGCGGUAUGGCUACUCGCACUUUGAAUUUGAAGUACCAAGCCUAUGACGAUGCCUUGAUCAACCGCCGUCAAAACUUGUGCAUUUCCAAGCAUGCUCAGGAUAUUAACUACGAGUUCGAGGAUGCAGCUGUUGAAGAAGCUGCCCCCGCUGAUACUGCUGCUCCUGCAGCUGCUGCUACUCCUGCUGUCCCAACUCCUGCUGCUGCUGCUGCUCCUGCACCUUCCGCUGGUCCCGCAGAGCCUGUUAGCGACGUUCCUGUCACUGCAGUUGAAAUCAUUCACUGCGUCAUUGCUCAGAAGCUCAAGAAAUCCGUCGAUGAAAUUCCUUUGUCCAAGGCUAUCAAGGAUUUGGUUGGCGGCAAGUCGACCUUGCAAAACGAGAUUUUGGGUGACCUGCAAAAGGAAUUUAACAAUGCUGUCCCCGAAAAGGCCGAGGAGACUCCUUUGGCAGAACUCGGUGCCUCGCUCGAUGGCUCGUUCAGCGGUACUUUGGGCAAGCAUACCAGCACUUUGGUUGCCAAGAUGAUCAGCUCCAAGAUGCCUGGUGGUUUCACUUUGAGCAACGCCAAGUCGCAUCUUUCGUCCACCUGGGGCUUGGGUUCGGGCCGUACUGAUGGUGUUCUGUUGAUGGGUCUUACUAUGGAACCCGCUGCUCGUUUGGGCGCUGAAGCCGAUGCUAAGUCAUGGUUGGACUCUGUUGCUCAAGCUUAUGCCAAGAAGGCUGGUAUCACUUUGUCUACUGGUGGUUCUGGCGGUGCUGGCGGUGCCGGUGCCGGUGGUGCCGUUGCUGUCAUCAACAGCGAAGAGUUUGAUGCUAUGAAGGCCAAGCAAGAUCAAUUGAUCUACCAGCAAUUGAACCUGUACGCUCGCUACUUGCAAAAGGAUUUGCGUGAUGGUCACAAGAAGUACGAAGCUGAAAAGACAACCACACUCAAGUUGCAAGCGGAGCUGGAUCAGUGGCUCGUCGAGCACGGCGACAUCUAUGCCGAAGGUAUCAAGCCUGUCUUCAGCAGUCUGAAGGCUCGUCGCUACGACUCGUACUGGAACUGGGUCCGUCAAGAUGCCCUGGAAAUGUGGUACGAUAUCAUCUUUGGCAAGCUUGCCAUUGUUGACCGUGAAGUCACUGCCAAGUGCUUGAUGAUCAUGACCCGUGCCUACCCCUCGUUGAUCGACUACAUGCGUUACAACGUCGAGAACUGCAAUGGUGACAAGGGUGAGACUUACCGUCUUGCCAAGGAAUUUGGCCAGGCUCUUAUCGAGAACUGUGUGGAAGUUUUGGCUGUCGAUCCUGUCUACAAGGAUGUCGGCUUCCCUACUGGCCCUGAAACCACUCUCACCGAAAAGGGCGAUAUCAAGUACGCCGAAGUGCCUCGUCCUGGGUGCCGUAAGCUCGCUGACUAUGUCAAAGACAUGUCUACUGGUAGCAAGAUGACCGAAUUUUCGAACCGUCUGAAGGUCCAACAGAGCUUGGGUCGCAUCUACAAGAUUAUCCGCAACCAGAACAAGAUGAAGAAGUCGUCCAAGGUUGCCAUCAAAGAGCUUUACGGCGAUGUCUUGCGCGCCAUGGCCAUGUCGAAUACCAUUGUCAAGGAGAACCGUGGCCGUCAACGCCGCCUCUCUUCGACUGUCCGCACUGCCGAACGCAAGAGCAUCUCUGCCAAGUCUGCCAAGUCUGAGACCAUCCCCUUCCUGCAUUUGAAGAAGAAGAACGUCAACGACCCGACUGGAUGGGAGUUCAGCAGCCGUUUAACUAGUACUUACCUCGAUGUGCUUUCCGAGAUGGCCGAGGAAGGUAUCACUUUUGCCAACAAGUGCGUCUUGUUGACCGGUGCCGGCAAGGAUUCGAUCGGCUCCGAAAUCUUGAAGGGCUUGGUUUCCGGUGGUGCCAAGGUUGUUGUCACCACCUCCCGCUUCAGCCGUCAAGUUACUGAGUACUUCCAGGGCAUCUACCAGACCUUCGGCUCGCGUGGCUCUGAAUUGGUCGUUGUGCCCUUCAACCAAGGCUCCAAGCAGGAUGUUGACGCUUUGAUCAACUACAUCUAUGAUCCCAAGGGCUUGAACUGGGAUCUUGACUUCGUCAUUCCUUUCGCUGCUAUCCCCGAGAAUGGCCGUGAAAUUGAUUCCAUCGACUCCAAGUCUGAAUUGGCUCACCGUAUCAUGUUGACCAACUUGCUCCGCAUUUUGGGUAACGUCAAGAACCACAAGCAAGCCAUCGGCUCGGACACUCGUCCCGCUCAAGUCAUCUUGCCCUUGUCACCUAACCACGGCACCUUCGGUAACGAUGGUCUUUACAGUGAAUCCAAGAUUGCCCUUGAAACUUUGUUCAACCGUUGGUACUCCGAAAGCUGGUCGAGCUACUUGCUUAUCACUGGUGCUGUCAUUGGCUGGACUCGUGGUACUGGCUUGAUGAGCGCCAACAACAUGGUCGCUGAAGGUCUUGAAAAAUUGGGUGUUCGCACCUUCUCUGCUCAAGAAAUGUCUUUCAACAUUCUUGGUUUGAUGCACCCCAGCAUCGUCGAGUUGUGCCAAGUCGAACCUGUGUGGGCUGAUUUGAACGGUGGUCUCCAAUUUGUUCCCGAGUUGCAAAAGGUCACUGGCCAAUUGCGCCAAGAUAUCCGCGAAACCGCUGAGAUCCGCAAGGCUGUUGAUGCCGAAAACUCUCUUGACUUCAAGAUUGUCUACGGUGAAGAAGCCGAACGCAAGUACAAGCCUCACAAGGUCACUCCUCGUGCCAACAUGAAGUUCGAUUUCCCUGAACUAAAGUCCUAUGAUGCCUUGAAGCAUUUGGGCCACCUUAAGGGCAUGUUGGAUUUGGACAAGGUCAUUGUUGUUACUGGUUUUGGUGAAGUCUCGCCUUGGGGUAACGCCAGAACACGCUGGGAGAUGGAAGCCUAUGGCGAGUUCUCGUUGGAAGGCUGUAUUGAAAUGGCCUGGGUCAUGGGCUACAUUAAGCACCACCACGGCAACCUGAAGAACGGUACGCCUUACUCUGGCUGGGUUGAUGCCAAGUCGAACGAGCCUGUCGAGGAUAAGGAUAUCAAGGCGAAGUACGAGAAGCAGAUCCUUGAGCACAGCGGUAUCCGUCUUAUUGAACCCGAGGUCAUGAACGGUUACGACCCCAACAAGAAGAUGCUCAUGCAAGAAAUCAUUGUCGACCACGAUUUGGAACCCUUCGCUUGCAGCAAAGAAGAAGCCGAACACUUCAAGGCCGAACAGGGUGAUAAGGCUGAUACUUAUGAGAGCGAGAGCGGCGAAUGGGUUGUCGUCUUGCGCAAGGGCGCUACUUUGUACGUUCCCAAGGCUCUCCGCUUCGACCGUCUCGUUGCUGGUCAGAUCCCUACUGGUUGGGACGCCACUCGUUAUGGUGUGCCCAAGGACAUUGUCGAGCAAGUCGACAUUGUCUCGCUCUUCAACAUGGUCUCGACUGUCGAAGCCUUUGUGUCGUCUGGUAUUACCGACCCUUACGAGUUCUACAAGUACGUCCACGUCUCCGAGAUUGGUAACGCUACUGGUUCUGGUGUCGGUGGUCAGCAAGCCCAGCGUGGUUUGUUCCGCGACCGUCUUUUGGACAAACCCGUGCAAAAGGAUAUCUUGCAGGAAUCCUUUAUCAACACCAUGCCUGCCUGGAUCAACUUGCUUUUGCUCUCGUCGUCUGGCCCUAUCAAGACACCUGUCAAUGCUUGUGCCACCGCUGCUGUCUCUGUCGAAAUUGCUGUUGAUUCCAUUCUCACCGGCAAGGCCAAGAUCAUGAUUGCCGGUGCUACCGAAGAUAUUACUGAAGAGUCCAGCUACGAGUUCGCGAACAUGAAGGCCACCUCCAAUGCUGCCGAUGAAUUCGAACACGGCCGUACCCCCGCUGAAAUGUCGCGUCCUGCCACCACUUCGCGUAACGGUUUUAUGGAAGCUCACGGUGCUGCUAACCAUAUUCUCAUGUCUGCAGCAACUGCCAUCGAAAUUGGUGCUCCUAUCUAUGGUAUCAUUGCCUUGACCAAUACUGCCACCGAUAAGGAAGGACGCUCCGUUCCUGCCCCUGGUGCUGGUAUUUUGACCACUGCUCGCGAAGUCUCAGGCAAGCGUGCUUCGCCUUUGCUCAACAUCAAGUACCGUGCUCGCCAACUCAAGGCUCGCCGUGCCCAGAUCUCAAGCUGGUUAGAGACCGAAUACGAUAUGCUGCGUGAAGAAAUCGCUGAGCUUAAGGGUUGUGGUGAGUUGACCGAACAAGACGAGAAGGCGCUUUUGGCCGAACGCACCGACUUCUUGCACAAGGAAGCCCGUCGUCAGGAGAAGGAAGCUUUGUCUACUUGGGGCAUGAACUUUUACCAGCAAGAUGCUUCGAUUGCUCCUAUCCGUGGUGCCCUUGCUGUGUACGGCUUGACCAUCGACGAUAUCGGCGUCGCUUCGUUCCACGGUACCUCGACCAAGGCCAACGACAAGAACGAAUCCCGUGUACUCAACACCCAGCUCAAGCAUCUUGGCCGUUCCAAGGGCAAUGCUUUGCUUGCCAUCACUCAGAAGUACCUUACUGGUCACCCCAAGGGUCCUGCGGCUUCUUGGAUGGCCAACGGUAUGAUUCAAUGCUUGAACAGCGGUAUCAUUCCAGGCAACCGCAACGCCGACAAUGUCGAUGAGGUGUUGAAGGAGUUCGAGUACAUUGUGUACCCAUCGCGAAGCAUCCAGACCGAUGGCUUGAAGGCUGGUCUCCUCAAAUCGUUCGGUUUCGGUCAGGCUGGUGGUGAAAUCUUGAUCAUCCACCCCGACUACGUCCUCGGUGCUUUGGAGCAAGAUGAAUAUGAAUCUUACAAGGUCAAGAACGCUAAGCGUUACGCUCAAUCUUACCGCUACUUGCAUGACUCGCUCACUGGCGUUGCCGACUUCAUCCAAGUUAAGGAUGCCGCUCCUUACACUGAUGAAUUGGAACACAAGGUUUACUUGAACCCCAGCGCUCGCGCUGACUACUGCAAGGUUCGCAACACGUGGGUCUUUGAUGCCAAAUCGGCUGCCCAAGAAGCUCCUCUCCUCGGUGAUGUGAACGCCACCCAAUCUGUCUUGGCUUCAUUGGCUGAGCAACAAGCCGGCAAGAAGGGUGUCGGUGUCGACGUUGAACUGUGCUCUGCCGUCAACAUUGACAAUGAUACAUUUAUUGAACGCAACUUUACCAAGGCAGAAGUUGACUAUUGCCAGAGCCGGCCUGAUCGUCAAGCCAGCUUCGCUGGUCGCUGGUCCGCCAAGGAAGCCGUUUUCAAGGCUAUUUCGUCGCACGGCAAGAUUGCAUCCGAUGGCGCCGCAGCCCCACUCAACGAAAUUGAAAUUGUCUCGGAUGAAGUCGGUGCACCUCAAGUUGUUCUUUCUGGCAAGGCCAAGUCUGCUGCUUCCUCAGCAGGUAUCAAAAACAUCAAUGUUUCCAUUAGCCACAGUGGCGGCUACAGCGUCGCUGUCGCAUUCGCUCAAUAG